AUGAUGGAAGACGGCCGUGGGGAUUCGGCUGCGGUAGAAUUGGAGGCCUUGUGUCAAAAGUUCCUGUGUCACCAUCCCCUCACUGAUGUGUCCUUUGCCAAACUGUUCGAGAAUGCGACCAGCGAUCAGCCGGAGCUCCAGAUCCGUUUAUUAUCAUGUACCCUGAAGCACCCCAUAGCGGAACGAUACCCGUUGCCACGAGCGUAUCGCCGGGACUUUCUCAAGUCCGCUAUCCAUGAAAUGGAAGGGCGUCACGUUGAGGUCCUGCCGGAGAUUUACGAGUUGUAUCUGAGCCUCUGUUCGUACGACCCGGAUGAAGAUUUCUCACACAAGUCCUACAAGUUGUCUGUUGGAGAUCAGUGUGAUUGGGUUCACAUCAAAGAAUCCCGGUCAAUCGCCUCAGAUGGGUCGACGGGUGUGCAUUCUUGGCCCGCGGGUGUGGCCCUCGCCAACUGGUGUCUGCAGAACACGGCCUUGCUGGAUGGGAAAAUCGUUCUUGAACUCGGUUCCGGGGUUGGAUUGACUGGUCUAAUUGCCGUGAAGGCUUGCAACUGCAGAACAUACGUGUUUUCGGAUUACCACCCUCAGGUGUUCAAGAAGAUUCGCGAGAACCUGGUGAUGAACAACAUAGUGUGCCUUGUGGACAAGAAUGACGAGAACGGGGCUUCGGAAGAGAGCGACGAGGACGGACGUGGGGCGUCUCCGGCGCCCAUGAAGGACAUUCGUGUGUUGCGGCUGGACUGGCGCUACAAGGGCGUGAUGCCGUCGAAUCUAGACUUCGUCAUCGGCUCCGACCUGAUCUUUGAGCCAGAUCUAAUUAAUCCCUUGGUGGACACGAUCGAUCGUUUGCUCCAGGUUUGCGGACCCCAGUGCACUGCUCUCAUAGCUGUGACGGAGCGGAACCCGGAAACCGUCGCGAAAUUCGAGUCGGAAGUGGACGGGCGACAGUUGGUGCGAUCCGUGGUGGAAUACGACUCUCAUCAGCCGCUUUUGUGGGCCGCCAAACACGAGACUGUGAAGUUGUAUUCCAUCAAACGGCGCUGAGGACGAGGUUGCUCAGGGAUGUACACCUUAUUCUUUUUUCUUUCUCUGCUCGCGUCUCGGUGCCUUACUGUCCAUACAACGGAACUCUUGAUGCUGAGGUCUGGAAGAAAUCGAUCAAAAAGCGACUUGAGUGCAAUGGCGGGUUCAAAAGUUUUGUCGAUGGAGUUUAUGUUGGAGUAUUUUAAAGACGCGUUUAUUCGCAUUACUUCAUCAGUCAACUCUCUGUCAACACAGGUUCAAUUUUUCUAAUUUUUUCUUUAUCUUACGAAUGCCUUGUGUGCCUAAUGAUUAAAAACGCUAUGGGGUCAAAGCCAAGACUCUGUGGAAGCAUUCAUUUCCGUAAACUGCAUAAUCAGUUUUCAAGGAUCUUCACUUGCAGACUUGGAACGGCCUACUUCUUGCUCAUUAAGUGAUGUUCCAAGGAAGACUUCAGUAUUCCGCAUUACUCAUGCCAUAUAUUUUAAAGAUGUGGACAAUUAUUUGUUUCAUGGGCAUGAGAUGGAGCAUAAUUUUUCGGAAGAUUUUCGAUGACACUAGAAAUUGCGACUGUGCCAACAGUUGAUCGCUGGUUUUUGAUGUUUGCGCAGAGAGUUCAAAUGACACUUUUUUUCUUCUCUCUGGUUAGAAAUUAGUACUGUACAUGCAUAGAGGAAAGAUUCAUCAUCGAAACCCUGAUGAUUACAUCCAUUGGCGAAACUUUUGGACAGACCAAAGUACCUGUUCUCUCUUAAUUUUCUUUUUGCGUCUGCGUUUUUUUUUUCUGCGAAAACUGUUGUCUCUUUGUCACCUGAUCUCGAGCAUGUUUUGUUCGAUGAAGUGAUUCGCGGGCGGCGUCUUGUUCGUUCUCUCGGACGUGUCAAGUACAGGAAGAUGAUUUAUGA